AUGAAUGAAGAAACAAAUACGCAAUAUUUAGGAGUAACAUCAUCUUUAUUAGAUGCCUUUGAGUUGUUGAAAUCUUCUAAAGAUGAUGUAAAAUUAAAUGGUGGUGUAAAAAUAAUAUCACGCCUCUUGAACGAUGAGGGUGAAAAAAAUGUCCAGUAUGUCCUCAAGAGAAUUGUUAGGAGUCUUGGUGCUAACAUUCCCGAUAUGAGAGCAGGAUACUUUGCCACACUUGUAGCAUUGUUAGUCAAGUUUGAGCAGAUACCUGUUUCACAAUUAUUUGAAUUAAUUAAAAAGGAAUUGCAUGCUAAUGGAUCAUCCAAGAGUGAAGUUGGAGAUGUUGCCCUUGGGCAAAUUCUUAUAUGUAGUGCAAUUUUCCGUUCAGGUCGCAUGCUAAAAUGCUCAGAAGAAGAACAGAAACAAGUAUUGAACAUUCUUAUGACAGCUAGUGCCAAAAAGUCAUAUCUAUGCACAGUUGCAUUCCUAUUAUUAAUUGAUUUUAUCAAUAGUCUUGAUGAAGAACAAUUUACAUCAGUUGUAUGGUCGAACAUCAAGGAAGGCUUUAAGAAGGACAUAAAGGAAUAUAACUUAGACUGCCUAUACUUCAUUUUAAUUGUCAGCAAAAAGUUUCCUAAAAAGGUGAAAGUAAAAAAACUUUUGGGCACAUCGGAGUUAUUGCAUGAAGAUAAUCUACAAGUAAUAAGCGAAAACUUACUGGCCGGUAUAGAUUUAAGCUCUGUAAAUCACCCAGUUUACAAAGAAAUUGGUGCACAUAUUGCAAAGUCACCACAUUUAAAAACAUUCUGGGAAGAAGGGAUUGACAGUCAACUUAUCAAGCACAACAGGAACAGAGAACUUGUCUGCAUUAAUUUACUUAAUGCAAUUCUCCAAAAUUUGGAUGAAAAUGUCCAUUGUGGAACUAGCAGGUGCAAUCAAGACCUGCUUUUAUCGAUGUUUUACCUCCCGCUUUUCCAAUGUCGACAACUUAGUGGUUGUACUUUCAUCAUUAAGCAAUUUCAUUUCAACUAUUUUGCAAAAAGAACCAAUCCAGAAAGUGAAGCAAAUCCACUUACUCAAGACAGCGAAUCGGACGAUGAAAACGAUGAAGAAAGCGAGUCUGUUGCGGAUGAUAAUAAUUACGAAACGGAAGAAGCGGAAAAAACAAAUGGUGAUAUCGAAACUGACGAUAGCGAUGAUACUGAUAGUAAUAUGGCUGAUGAUGAUGAUGAUGAUCAGGAAAUGAAAACCCCAGAUCAGUUAAGAAUGGCUGUACAGAAAGCCUUAGGAGCUGCCGCCCCAGACACUGAUACCGAAAGUGUGGACGCAGAUGAAAUUAACGAGGAAGAGGUGGUGGACCGUCAAAUAUCAAGGUACACCACCUUGGCAAUCGGUGAUUUCGAGUUUUCCGAGCCAAAUGCUGGAAAGAGCCAACAGUCUUCGCUUUUAUUAAAAAAGCAACUAGCAGAACUGAACAAAAAUCCAGUGGAAGGAUUUUCUGCUGGAUUAAUAGACGACAAUGACAUUUAUAGAUGGGAAGUACUUAUUAUCGGUCCUCCAGACACUUUGUAUGAGGGUGGAUUUUUCAAAGCACACUUAUACUUUCCAAAAGAGUAUCCUCUGAGGCCACCAAGGAUGAAGUUUGUGACUGAAAUUUGGCAUCCAAAUAUUGAGAAGAAUGGUGAUGUUUGUAUAUCAAUAUUACAUGAACCAGGAGAUGACAAAUGGGGCUAUGAGAAAGCUUCAGAAAGAUGGUUACCUGUUCACACUGUGGAAACUAUACUUAUAAGUGUCAUUUCAAUGUUGGCUGAUCCCAAUGACGAGAGUCCUGCUAAUGUUGAUGCUGCAAAAGAAUGGAGAGAGCGAUAUUCGGAUUUCAAAAAGAAAGUUGCCAGAUGUGUUAGGAAAAGUCAAGAAGAUUGCUUC